UUGAUUUAUAUUUUUCAACUUACGUUCCUUAUUUUCAUUGAUUUUAUCGGCUCUUUUAGCGCUUGAUUUCCGCAAUUUAUUAGCUGCAAAAAUUUUUUAAAUUCACGCAAAAGCAUUUAGUUAAAAUUUAAAUUGACUGCACGCCAUGGCUGCGAUGAGAGCUGGAGUUGAUAACCUGAACCUGACAGAACAGGAAGAUCAACUAGAACUAGAACGGCCCGAAAGUGAAGUUGAGUCCGAGAAGUUUACGAUACGCCUUAAUGGACAAAAGGAUUUGGAGCAAAGGCUCCGCGAAUUCAAGGCUGCCUGCGAUGCCCACGAGAAACAUGCACGUAGGCGCCGAAAGCGUCGCUAUUAUCACAUGGGUCUGCUGGCCAAAGUCGUCAUGGAGACGACUCACGAAGAGCUCCGUCGCAUGCUUGAGCACGGUACCUACACAUUUCACGUAGAUAUGGUUGCCUUCAAGCCAGACGAGCUAGUCACCAUACUAGAAACCCUAAACAUAGCCAUUUCCGCACAUGCGGAUGAACGGGAACUGCGCACAGUGACGGGUUUGGCUCUUGAGAUAAAUGGCGACUGCUGUCGCGUAGGCCGGUUGCGCAACAACUGCACAACGAUGCUGGCACGUGGUUCGGUGGUGACGCUAACAACAAAUGAGGCGUAUCGAUAUGCUGGCUUCCGUGAGAUCGUGUACGUUAUUAAUCUAAGCGCCUAUCUCAGCUCAAUAAGGCUUAAUGACGUGUUGCUAAUUGGACGCGAGGUUCGCUGCCGUGUGGUCAAAACACUGAAUGAAGCGGUGGCCGUGCUGAUCAUCGACGCGGGUAUUUUGUCCUCGUAUGACUUCAUUGAGCUGCCUCGCCAAUGCCAUUCCUUGGCACCCAGUCUAUACCCACAACUCUAUCAAGCUGAUCUGCAAGCGGCCGCAGCCCUUAAAGCCAACUUUGUGGUGCUGCCCAAGAUUCGAUGUAAAUCGUUUCUUCGCGCAGUACGAAUGACAAUUACGACUGAAUUUGAUAUGAAACUGAUUGGCUGCAUUGACUUUGAAUAUGUACGGACCAAUAUGCUCGAUUUAUUAGGCAUUAUCAAGUUACUGGACUAUAUUUGGAUACCGGAUAUGUUUAAUGUGAACUGCUGUGUGUACAACUAUAUCAUGGAGGAUGCUCUGCCCAUCGCACAGUGCCAGAAGAAACCGGUCAUUGGCACAGUGCCGUUAGAGCGUUGCAACGACUUCAAACGGUUUGAGCUACACGAGUUCCUCUGGAAGAUUGACACGAUACAUAUGCAGAAGAGUCCGUGGUGCAAUAAGUAUCCGUUGAUUGUUAAGAAACUGAUGCCUAUUCGAGAUUAUCGUGUGGGUGUCGUCCAAACACAUCAACAGGUGAAGAGCAUAUUGACCUCCUAUCAGACAAUUGUUAACUUCAUCAUACGGACGAUCGCCACGAUCGAGUGUCAAGCGAUAUUUGUGUUUACCAAGUGCGAGACGGCGAGUGUUGCGCUUGCGCGUUCAGAAAUUUACUGUCCGGUUUAUCUGAUGAUGCCGUUAAAUGAUGACGACGAUGAAUUCACCAUCAAGUGUAAAUUCGAUUUGGCCCGCGCAUUGCAUCUGCGUCGCAACACGCAUCCUAUUAUUUAUACGCCCGAUCUAAACGAGUGCAACUAUAGCCCUAUUGAGUUCGGCGUGGAUUACAUGCGACGCAAAGGCUGCCUGGAGGUGGGCGACUUUGUGGUCACCUUGGAGGUGGGCAAGGAGGAUGAGGAAAACAUUGUAUUGGGCAUUGGCGAGGAUGUGUGCAUACUGCGCGCGUUCUACGUAGCCCCAGUAUUCAAUUGCGAAAAAUUUAAAUAUGGCACAUGAGAUCUGUGUGCAAAUUCAUUCAUGACGUGCAGUUGUACAGAUACAUUUCUGAUGAUCAAUCAAAAUUAAAUGUAUGUAAACUCGCA